UUCAUUAUCUAAACAGCAGCCAACGAAGAGAUUUACAUUAUUUUUAAUUUAAAGAAACUAUUUCACGACGUACAUUUGUACAUACUUAUACAUAAUGUCUGAGAGGCAUCGAAAUCUUCCUAUUUGGAUGGUCAAAUCCGACGAUCAAGUCACCGCUGCAGUAAGGAAGAAAACGCAAAGGACCGCAAAGAAUCGCCCCAGACGUGUCAUCGAGUACUGGAUGAACGAGAGGGAGCUCGUGGAAACAGCCCUGUGUGUUUUAAAGAACAGCAAGGCGUGUAAUAGAGACCAAAAGAGCAUCUCUGAUCAUGUGGAAAUGGUGAUUCCAGAGACAUCAGACUCAGAGGUAUCAGACACAGACUGUGACGUUACAGAGCAGGAGACCGUCCCAUAUGCAAACUGCAUGAACGAAGGUAUCAGUACGUCGGACACCCAUUUAAAACCUCAUAUUGAUGGUUCAGGAGCCUAUGAGAAGCUUGAAGAGCCUUUACAGAAACAUGACGCUAGUGAUGAUGACGCUCUCGAGCUGGUCCGAGAGAUAUUUUUCAACUGAUUCAUCUCACAGUUAAUUUAAAGUAUUUUACAUUGAACUUGAACACUGUUAUGGCAGGCAUUAGUAUUUUCUUUUAUUGUUAUCAAGCUUGAUGCUUGAACAAAGGUGAUCCAACUAAAGCAAGAGGAGUUUUUUAAGUGUGACAUCAUUUUGUCUGGAUUGUCAAGGUUAAUCGUGACUGUUAUGUGAAUGCAUUGUCUCCUUAUAGCACAACAACAGUGUUUUGUCAUAGUGUUCGGUAAUUGUGCUUUUUUUGGGCACUUAAAGUCUGACCUCAGUGCAUGAUUUGUAUUCUGUUUGCACACUUCUUUAAUAUUACCUUUGGUUAAGAAAGCAUUUGUCAUUGACAAACUUGACAUUAUCCAUGUACAGUACAACUGUAGCUGUUACCUAAAGAUUCAGAAGACUUUGGAUACAAUGUAAGCUUGCACUAUAAUAGGAAGAUCAUUUGAAUAUAAGAAAAGUGUGUCCUCUGUUAUUUUAGUGCUCAUGUGGUUAGAAUUGACAGAGACACUAUGGCAAAAUAAAAAAGGUGCAUACGAAA